UUUGUGAAUUAGGACCCUGCAGCUGCGCCUGCUCGUGCACAGCACAAAAUCCAACAGCGGUGAAGUGAAAGAGAGAUAUAGAUCAUUGCAAGAACACUUGUUCAUUGAUAGAGGGGCUGAGAAGCAUUUCAUCCCAGAGGGAGGAGUCAAGCAGUGGAAAGGCCACUAGCAUCCCGCAUCUUACACUUCUGCUAGGGGACUACAUAGAGGGCUUGAAAGAAACAAUGAAGAAAUCUUAACCAAGGUGAUAGCAAGGGAAAGCAAUGAAGAACUUCUGACUCUAACAAGGACCCUGGUAGAAGCCUCAGUAAAAGCUUAGCCGUGAUAGGACUGCCUGGAGGAAGUACAGAGAGAUGUGUCAGAUUGCUAUGCCUGCAAUCAAUGCAGAGUACCUGCUGAGGGACAAGUCUAGGAGGCAGACAGCAGCAUCAGCAGCACAAGGACACAAGUGGGUUAAUUCUCGAUCCCUUCAUCUUUUGGAAUACACAUAUUGAAUGCAGUUGGAAAUGAACUGUAAAGUUAAGUCAUCUGUUUCCCAGAUAGAAGCCAUACUUUUCUUCUGCCUCUUUCUUGCUCUGGCCACAAAUUUCAGCAUGUCACAGACAACUGCAGCGCCUGUCAAGGAAGACACCAAUGACAACAUCACAAUUUUUACAAGAAUACUUGAUGGUUUGCUAGAUGGAUAUGACAACAGACUUCGGCCUGGUCUAGGAGAGAGAAUUACUCAAGUCAAAACUGACAUUUAUGUCACAAGCUUUGGACCAGUAUCAGACACAGAGAUGGAAUAUACCAUUGAUGUGUUUUUCCGUCAAAGUUGGAAAGAUGAGAGACUUUGUUUUCAAGGGCCCAUGCCUCGUCUUCCCCUUAAUAAUUUGUUGGCUAGCAAAAUCUGGACCCCUGAUACGUUCUUUCAUAAUGGCAAAAAAUCAAUAGCUCACAAUAUAACUACGCCAAACAAACUGCUACGCCUUGAGGAUGAUGGCACGUUGCUUUAUACUAUGAGACUGACUAUUUCAGCUGAAUGCCCAAUGCAACUAGAAGACUUUCCCAUGGACGCCCAUGCAUGCCCCUUAAAAUUUGGAAGCUAUGCAUAUCCUAAUUCAGAACUGAGGUAUGAAUGGACUAAUAUAACAGACAAAUCUGUAGUAGUCGCAGAAGAUGGAUCUCGGCUAAACCAGUACCAUUUAAUUGGCCAGACUGUGGGAACAGAGAAUAUCAGCACGAGCACAGGUGAAUAUACAGUGAUGACAGCACAUUUUCAUCUGAAAAGGAAAAUUGGGUAUUUCGUUAUCCAAACUUACCUUCCCUGCAUAAUGACUGUCAUCCUGUCACAAGUCUCAUUCUGGCUAAACAGGGAGUCAGUGCCGGCUCGAACAGUGUUUGGUGUCACCACUGUGCUAACAAUGACAACUCUGAGUAUCAGUGCACGGAACUCUCUGCCAAAGGUGGCCUAUGCAACAGCAAUGGACUGGUUUAUAGCCGUUUGUUAUGCCUUUGUCUUUUCUGCACUGAUUGAAUUUGCGACUGUGAAUUACUUUACCAAAAGAAGCUGGGCCUGGGAUGGAAAGAAAGCGCUUGAAGCAGCAAAAAUAAAGAAAAAAGAACAAGAAUCAUUAGGAAGGAAACCUAUUAAUUCAUACAGUGGAAGAAUACCUUACACACCAAACAUGUCCAAAGAUCUCACUUCAUCCGUCAUCGCCAAUGCAGCAUCAAUCCACAUGAAGACUACGGAAGAAAAAUGCGCUGAGAGUAAAAAGACUUAUAACAGUGUCAGUAAGAUUGACAAAAUGUCACGGAUAGUUUUCCCGGUCAUGUUUGGAACAUUCAAUUUGGUUUAUUGGGCGACGUAUUUGAACAGGGAGCCGGUCAUCAAAGGGGCUGCUUCAGCCAAAACAUCUCAAGUAUUACCAAUACACAUAUAAGCCAUAUUUUUGCAGCUGUUCAGAGUAAGAAUGUUCAGACUGAAGCAGCUACUCAACUGCAAGUCAAAUAGAUGGGGGUAGGAUGGUUGCAGACAUAGUUUCGGCAAGGUCCCCUGGUCUAAACCAAUGAAAUAAAAGUUCCUAAAAACUUUAUUUCUUUAUGUGCAUUUUCACAUAGUUUUGCAUGCUGUUUUGAGCAUUUAUCAAAAACAUUUCCACAAAAAUGAUUCUACCACCAGACUUUUUCUUUUUAAAUUCUGAAUAAUAUGCUGUGAUACCCUUGUUUUCUAUAGGAACUUAUUUUUUUUUUUCAACCAAGCGUGUUAAACAUUGCCAUUAGAAUGCUGUUCAACAAUGCAGUCGUGUGCCAUAUUUUAUACUAAUGGGAACAUUUUGUCUAAUAUGAACAAAAAGUACAAUAUUUUUGUUUAUUAACUAUUGAACUGCUGCAUGCAAAACCGAUGCAGAGUAGAUCUAGAUAUAUGCAUAUGCAAGACAUCUUAAUCUCACUUAUAGGAGAUCUCUAGUCAAUUGCAAAUCUAUUUAUAUAUUGCCUUUUUAAACUUUAAAUGUUAGGAUGGUAUUGUUAUAGGAGAAGGCAAGUGCCAUUUGCAACCAAAGUAUUUUGUUCUGUAUUUUCAUGUGCUGUGUGCUAACAUUGCUUUAUUUUGCAUACAGAAUGCACAAUUUUUACCAUUUCUUAAUGUUGUAUAUAGACAAUGAGCAUGCGUUAACCGGAGUUUAUUUCAGCGACCAUCACAAUGCUACUUUUGCUUUCUCGGCUACUUGCUAACAGUUAAAAGCAGCAGGACUAUUCUUAUAGAUGUACAUUUCUGCAGCUCCAGUAGGAACUAUUUCCCAUCACAGACCUUUUCAUUUGUAUAAGUGGAAGCUGUGGCUAUCAAUGGGAAUUGUGUGCAUGAAACCUGCACAUCUGCUGCUUGAGAGGCAUCAAGAGUAUUUACUGGAAAUCCAGAAAAAAAAAGCCUUUUUCCAGUUUAAAUCCUUUACAUAUUGUUAAUCUGCACAGACAUUUGUAAAGGAUGUUUUAUUUAUGAAUCUGCUUUAAUCACUGGAAAUGCCCUGCCUUUAAUUAUGUGUUAUAUAACAAGUUAUACUUUUUUUCACACUGAAUUCUGUAAAUAUGGACAAUGCUAUAAGCAAAAUGACACUGAUUUUAUAGGAGAUAUGUGAACCCUCAAAAUGCCUUCACUAAGAUUCCACAAUUACUGCAUUUCCUUGUGGACAUUCACCAAGUCAGCAGAUACCCUGCAAUCAAGCUGCCUAUAGGAUGAUUAGUGUUGGCCUAAACUCAAGAGCUUCUUCGUUUUAAGUGUGGUUAUUCUUGUGCACAAAGGAAAAGACUGACAAUCUGAGCCAAAAAUUUGCAAACAAGCUGAACACAGCUUAAAAAAUGGACUGAAUGCAAGAAAGGAGGCUUUACUGAAUAACCAAGCUCACAGAUUUAGAUUAAUUCAAAUGUUGCUUUGAUCAUUUAAAUUGCAAAAAAAAGCGAAUGCUUGACAUUAAGUAAUAUAUUAAGUAUAAUAUAUUCAAACUCUGUUAUACUAAAAAGAAACAACCCUAUCCUAAAAAUGCAAUUAUUUAUAUUAAAGGAAUAACAAAAAAAAAAGU